AUGGUCAUGGGUGAAACUGCAGCUAUUCUAGGUCAACAAAGUGAGGACAUCGCUGGUAAUAAUGCAAACAUGAUGAACACUGGUUUGUUAAAAAAUUGCACACAACAAGGUGUAGUUGGACAUGGUGACACACCUACCAGUCGGAAGCAGCGAAAGAAGAAG